AUGAUGCAUAGACCUCAUCUUCCCGGCCAUACUAAGGCCAAAGACGGCCAGCGGAAGGUUUCCCCUCCGGGCCCGACUUAUAUGUCCAGCGAUCAGUUCGCAAACUACCUGAAAGACUUGCGAACGAAUCGACCAGCCCGUCCGAGUGGCUCUAGACCCAUUCCAACAAGAGCAGCAGGAUCAGGCUCAACCCCUCGAGAGGCUCUCCCUCCUCGAGCGUCAUCGUCAAUGUCAAUGUAUGGACAUCCCAGCACCCAGUCUACUUCGCCCGAGGCGGAGCGCCCUCGAGCCAGCAGCUCUCUGUCAACCCAUCGCCCAUUCGAACCCCACGUCUCUCUGGGGAGCUCAGCUGGGCGCCCAUUAGUACAGGAACCAAGAAUGGUGCCGAUACGCAAGAAUGUUUCGCCCUCGCAUGUUUUCUCGCGCCCGUCGCCUCCAUCUCCCAAUGCGGUUUAUCGUGAAAGUGGUCAGCGGCGGGUAGAGAAGGAGGAAGCACGCUCCUUGCGGGAUGCGUUGCAGGAAUUUGACUUGCAUGAUGAGAUACGCCUCCAUCAGGCUGCACAAGACGAAGCCACGGAGCUAGUCUGGAUGCAUCAGAACCCCGGCGUGCCCUACAAAAACCCAUAUGCGCCGUAUCAUAACCCCGACCUGGACAGAUCAUCCCAGACGUCAAAGAGCGCUGACCCUUCUCACAGCCAAAGUGACAAGACUGGCGGGCCUAUGAAUAAUCAUCGGUCGACCUCAGAAAGCUCUUCUGACAGCUAUUUUGCUGAUGCUGGGGGGAUAGGUUUAGCUCUAAAGUAUGACCGACAACACCAUCAUGUGGUAGAGAACUCGGCAAGCAGCCCUGCAAAGGCCUCGUCGCCGCGGAAGAAUGUCAGAGUCGAUUUUGCAUUGCCCGCCGAUGAAUCGCCCUCAAAAUCUAGAGGCGGGAACUCAUGUCUUUCCAGAUUCAGUAGCGAGUCAUCGAGAGGGGUUUUUCGAAAUCCUCGUGACUCUAUUUACGAGGAACCGAAAGACCCUCAUGGCUGCGAGGAGGAUGGUCGACCGGAAUUUUCUAGAUCCGACUCAUCAGCUCUCAGAACAAAGCCACGCAAUGCCCUACCGCGAGGCUCUCGACCCCUUCCCGGACGACUAAGCAGUCUUCCGUUCGUUGACAAGUUGGCGCGGUUCGAGCUACAUAAACAACAUCCAACCCAAUCGAGAAAUCCGGACUAUAGGACGAACAACCCCCUCCCGCAAGCAGUCCCGGAUGAAGAAGCGGACAAAGAGCAGGCCGUUCAGGCCGUUCCUACGAAGAAUGGGAUUGAGAUUCGCAGCGAUGAAAUCAGGGCGGCUACAAGUAAGAAACUUAAAGAUCGAAGCACGAAGCUGCCUAUGCCCACAGCCGUCAGCAAUCGCGUUGGCCGUCCGAUCGUGAGUUUCGACCCGACUUGGAAGCCUACUGAGGCCCAGUCACCGCAAAAGCGUGACAGCCUGAGGCAGGAUUCGGCCUCCCCAACGCCACCACCGCAGCCUGCUGCCCCUACCAUUGAAGUAUCCGAGCCGCCGGCGAUACCGGUUAUCAAUGUUCCGGAUGAGAAGGAGCCCACCAUUUCGGAGAUGGCAGCACCAUCUCAGAAGGGAAGGGGAGAUACUAGGCCUCUGCCAGAUCCAAUAACCACAAAGCACCGCCCGCAAUCGUCUCCUCCGAAAGCUGCGCAGUCCUCACAGAAACCCUGGUUGUCAACGUAUACCCGCUCUGGAGUACCAACAGCGAAAUGCGAGUCCUGCUCCCUUCCCAUUGCAGGGAAGAUUGUCACAGCGGCGGGGGCUCGCUUUCACCCAGAGUGUUUCGUGUGCCAUCAUUGCCAUACGCCCUUAGAAUGUGUGGCCUUUUAUCAGGAGCCCGAUGCCAAGCGCAAUGAGCGAUUGGCGGAGGCGCCAAGGGACGACGAGGAGGCGCGUAUGUUGCGCUUCUAUUGUCAUCUGGAUUUCCAUGAGAAGUUCAGCCCCAGGUGCAAGAGCUGCAAGACCCCAAUUGAAGGCGAAAUAGUCGUGGCAUGCGGAGCCGAGUGGCAUGUCGGCCAUUUUUUCUGUGCCGAAUGUGGUGAUCCCUUCGAUUCAAACACUCCUUUUGUGGAAAAGGACGGGUUCGCAUGGUGCCUCCAAUGCCAUUCUCGGCGCACCGCGCCUCGAUGCCUGGGCUGCAAGAAGCCUGUCCUGGAGGAUAUCGUGAUCAGCGCUGUCGGGGGCCAAUGGCACAGUGAAUGCUUCGUCUGUCACGAGUGUGGCGACGGCUUCGGUCCGGAUGGCCGGUAUUUCGUGCGAGAGGGCGAGCCCAAGCGAACGUCCAAAGGACGGAUCAUUGGGGGUCCUAUUCAGUUGGCUGUAUGUGAGCGAUGUGAGAGCAUCCGACUCAAGGCACCACGCAAGUGA